GGUAAAGUUCCUCAAACCAAGGUCCAGACAACUUCUCAUCAGGAUUUAGGGAAGCCUUGCCGAGGAUGAUUGAGGGAUAUGGAUGAAAAUGAGUCCACAUCAGAAGGUCUCAAACGGCAGUGACCUUCAAUCUACCAGAAGUGGACCAGUGACCAGGCCUGUGGAUGAAAAGAAAAUGAAGUCCACAAUCCCAAGAAGAAAAACCGCUGUAAUUAAAGCUUUCAGCAAAACCAGACAAAGUGAUGAUUAUGGGGCAUGUAAUGUAUCCCAAAAUGCAGUGCUGUUGAUGGAAGCUCACGUUCACCUUACCAUCGGCUUGCAGUCAAGAGAGAGACUUCUGCUGCUUUUCUCAGAUUCGCUUAUCAUCACCAAAACUAAGUCUCUGUAUCUAAAGCUGAAGGCUCGUGUUAGCCUCUCAGACAUAUGGCUGGCAUCCUGUGUUCAUUACAUCACAGACAGGAAGCUCACCUCCAAGAACUCAUUUGUGAUUGGCUGGCCGACUACCAACUAUGUCGUCACUUACAGCUCAUCAGAAACAAAGGAGAGAUGGUUACAUGCUCUUCAGUGGCAUACCUGCAGAGCCAGGCAAAAAGUCUUGCCAAAUGCCAUUCUUCUCUACGUCCUGCUGAUUUGCCAUCCAGAUGACACCAGCUCAGCGACCGUUGCUGUGGCAGUGGACGUGAGCACAACUGCAGAAAAUGUGGUUCAGUACAUAAAGCAGCAGUGCAAACUAUUGGGUGAAGUCUCAGACUACCAGUUGUGUGUAAACUAUGAAAAAGAAGAGGAAACAUACCCCCUUAUUGGCCACGAGUUACCAUUUUUCAUCCUGCAUCACUCCCUGAGAAGUCAGCAAGAUCAACUGCACAUGCCCAGUGAGCCCCUGCAGGAAGCCUUUAGUUCUGGCCAGCAGACAGAAGCUACUCCCAAGACCCCUCACUUCACCCUAAAAAACAGAACACACUCUCCUAGAGGUGCUUUGCAGAAACAUAAAAGGAAAAGGUCUCUGAUUGAUUGGGCUCUGAGGAGGGGACACUUUAACCAAUCCGAUGGCCAAUCUGACCCACAAACUGCCUCUCACAAGCUAUUCGGCCAGCCUCUUUCCUCAAUUUGUCCUGAUGGAAACCUGCCCAAGUCAGUAAUGGACCUGCUGUAUCUGCUGUUCUGUGAGGGUCCAGAGACCCGAGGAAUCUUCCGUCGUUCAGCAAAUGCCAAAAACUGUAGGAUCCUAAAGGAGCGAAUGAAUUCUGGGCAAAGUAUUUCACUACAUGAACAAUCAGUGUUCGUCUCUGCAUCUCUAAUUACAGAGUUUUUACGCAAACUGCCUGGUGGUGUUUUGUGCUGUGAAUUAUAUGAGGACUGGAUGGAAGUGCUACAAACUGAGGAUCAACAAGACAGACUUAACAGAGUCAGAAUUUUGCUUGCACAGUUGCCAGAGGAGAAUGUCACCUUGCUGUGUCUCUUAUUUGGAGUGUUACACAGGAUACACACUCACUCGGAGGUGAAUCAGAUGACAGCAACAAACCUGGCCCUUUGCAUUGCACCCAACAUGCUCUGGAGGUCUUCCCAAAUCAGUCCUGACAAAGAGGGACAGAGUGUGUUGCAGGUCGCCACGCUCAUCCAGUACCUGAUUGAAAACACGCCUGCCAUAUUUGGAGAUGAUCUGGAGAGUCUGUUCACCAGGCAGAUGAAUUCAGGGCAGGAAACAAGUGACUAUGCAGAUGGUUCGUAUCUUCUUCAGCACUCCUCUUCGGAGGACACAGAUCAAGACUUCACCGUUUCUUCCCAACUAUUGCCUGAAGUUCAUCCUCUUAUCCUCCCUCUGGCUACACUUUCUCUGAAAGAAAAGAGGAGACCCCAGCCCUUUCAUAUUGAUAUGCCAUCGACAGAAGGCACCUACAGCUGUGGAACACUGGAUUCCAUUUCAUCAUGUUCCAGUGCAUCUGUAAGCAUGCUGGGAGUUGGGGAACUCAGCCAGUCACGUGACCGUUGCCUCUCUGAGCCUUCCAUGUAUUUUUCCACACCCCAAACUCCAGCUCUAAAUCAUAGCCCUGUUAUCCGCCAAUCCAGCUAUGAUGCAGCUGUAACAGACAGCAGAAAUGAGCAGUCACACAGUUCCUUGGGGUUAAGGCCACAACAACAAUCACACAGUUCUGGAAUGGGUACGAGACGCCGCCGCUACACUUUCUGGAAGUCACCGCAAAUCCCCACCCGCUUUCGUCAUCCUGCGCAGAGAUUGGCCAGCAUGUCAAGUCUGUCAUCAACUACCACUUCUUCCCUCAGCUCACUGGAUAGUACAUUGUCUCUCAGUUCCGCUGAUCCAAUUCCCAACCCUCAAGAUACACAGUCCAGGCCUUUUCUGUUUGGCACUACUGCGAGACUGCGGCCUCUCACACCUGAAAUGUCCAGAAAGCAGGGUACAAGUACUUUCACAUACGAAGAGGAAGUUAGGAGAGAAAGAGUUCAAGAAAUGGAAGAUGAGAAAGAGAAUGAAUUUAAAGUAUCUUUUUGUGACUGUGAUGGAGAAAGAAACGAGAAUGAGUCCUUAGGUGAUAUUCAUGAGGUUAAAGGGGCAACAAGACCAUGUGUGUCAGAGUGUCAUGCUGAGACUAUGUGCAGCAUGGAGUUCAGUGUGAAUCCAUUACAUUCCUCCACCUCAUGUCAGAUAGAGCCCAAUUCUGACAUGAAUUCACAAGCGAUCUCACUGAAUCCAUGCAGUAUAUGGACAGUCCCACAUGCGAAUCCGAUUGGCAGUGUAAUACAGGAAUCCCAGGUCACACAAAUGCUCACAAACACACCCAAAAUGACACAAAAACAAUCCAGUAGCAAAGGAGAAAACCCUGUAAAUCAGUUGCAGCUGGAGCAAUCAAAUGCUUACUCCAACAUUCAUGCCUCGGGUGGGCAGAAAGUGAGCCGAAUGAAAAUCACAGUCUUUCCUUCUGCAGGAAGAGUGAUGCUAAAACAUUCAAAGGACACGGAUCAAACCCAAAACAUCCUGGUGGAAACAGAGCAGAAAGUUAAAGGAACAGUGCGAGAAUCUAUACAAAUCCCCCAGACAUUGUUUUAUGGUCAUAAUGUUCCGUUAGUAUUACUUACUACACCUCCGCAGCAAACAUCAGUCCAGGUGAGGACACAUUGUACUUCUCCUAAUGAUGUGGAUGUGAAAGACGAAGGCUUGAGUGCUAAUGCUAAUGUUAGCUUUGUCCCAACUGAUAUUAGCAACGGUGUAGCAAUGGCACAGAAAAGUCCUACUGUUCAGAGCGUCAAAUCUGUUAGUCAUAGCAUGAGCGCUGUUGAUGACCUGCACCAUCCUGGCUGUACUACUGAAACUGCUAACCCUGCUGUUAGCAUUAGCAGUGGUUGUAGUGUUAACCCAAGUAUAAAGGUCUUUCAUAGCAAUGCUAAUCAGAGCAUGGCCAAUCCAAAACCUGCUAAAAAAUCCUCUGGAACUUUUCGCCACACAAUCUGUAUCAAGCUCCCUGGCAACAGAGGGACAGCACAGAACAAGCCAUUACCAUAACUAAAUUUGGUGAUGUAAUAUGCAUCAUAUGUAAUUUCAAUGAAUUUUUUUUUUUUUUUAAACGAGCUUGGGUAUAGAGUCUGCAGUUUGUGUGCAGGAGAGCGGGGGCAUGGUGUAGAGGCUACAGGCCUAAAAUGGAAAUACAUUUCCACAGGGAUUUCACACAGGGGGUGUGUCUUUUCAAAGGCUUCUGCAGAGACACAGAGAGAAGGGAGUAAUGCAGUUGUGUGAAUGGAGAACACAUAUUGCUGGGUUUUAGUCUAUGCUUGUAAUGAAGGAAAAAAAAUCUCUGGGCACAGAAAGUGUAAAAUACAGUGUUGGUAGUAUGAUGAGUUUUAUUAAUUAGUUUAAACUAUAAGUACUUUAACAU